UCGGUUGAUGACGUAGAUGACGUAGAGCCGUUCAGUAGUUAUAUUAGCAGAUUUAUCAUUGUUAGCCGAAGAACAUGUGUUACAGACUUACAUAAUUGUAUUUUAUGCUCUCCGAUUGAACAUAUUGGUGUCUUCAAAUUCACAGCUUGGAGAAAAAUGACUGAUUUAGCAGAUUCAUUGAACAAAGAGGGCUGGUACCUCAGUGAUGAAGGCAUAGUGGAGCUCAAGGGUACUGCUGAGAAAACAACAUACAGUGACAUCAUUCGUAUUGCACUUGAUAGUGAUCUUAGGCCUAUUGGGAAAAAAAUUCUACCAACAGAUAUCAACAGUGGACGGAUUGAGAAGUUGGAGGGUCCAUGUGUUCUCCAGGUGCAGAAGGUGAGGAACAUCUCAGCUCCUAAAGACCAUGAGGAGUCCCAGGGUGCACCACGAAUGCUGCGCCUCCAAAUGACAGAUGGGCAUACCACCUGUGUUGGAUUGGAGUUUAAACACCUGUCUAAGAUAAGUCUUAACACCCCACCUGGGACUAAGGUGAAGCUCCUUGGUACUGUCCAGGUUAAAAAUGGGCUUUUGCUGCUCGAUGACUCAAAAAUCUCUGUCCUCGGAGGAGAGGUUGAUCACAUGGUUGAGAAAUGGGAACUACAAAGGAGUCUGGCCAAACACAGCAGGAAUAACAUCGGCGCAGAAGGUGGACCUCCUCCCUUUGUGCCAUUUGGUCAGAAGUGUGCACGGAAGGAGGAAGUAGACAGCAGGGAACUCGACCAGAGGAAGACCCUUCAGACUCAUAAUGUGGUCAAAAGUCCUGAUGAGAACGAUGAGUUUGAAAAGCAGCGGACAGCAGCUAUCGCCGAAGUGGCAAAGACCAAAGAGGGUCCCCGUACGUUUGGUGGCGGCGGAAACGCAGGCAGCAAUUUAUCCACCACCUCUUCCACCUCCCGAAGCCGGGACUCGUACCAGCAGAGGAGACGGGACGACAGGGUGGACAGACCUGAAUCCAGACAAGAUGGAAACUACCGAGAGCUGGUGGAUGAACGUGCUCUGAGAGAUAUCAUGGAGAUGGGCUUUAACAGGGAGGCGGCUCGACAGGCUCUGAUGGAUAAUAACAACAACCUUGAGGUGGCACUUAACAGCCUACUGACUGGAUCUUCUGGUAGUAGACCUGGCCCUGUGGUAGCAGAAUCUAACAAGCCUCAACCCAGAGUCAGAGGGAAAGGAAGAGGCAGGUCCAGAAAUGAAGAUGAGGAGGAGGGAGCAGGAGGGCGGCCAUCUGGACCAAGCACCUUAUUUGACUUUUUGGAAUCCAAGAUGGGAGUUUUUUCCAUUGAUGAGCCAAAGAGCCAGCCACCUCAGAGACAGUAUGACAAUAAAGGGAAUUAUCCCAACUCAGACUAUUACUCCAAAGACUCAUCUCAGAACAAGUUCUCCUCACAUAAUGACAACAGGCAGCAAAGAAAUGACAGGCCACCUCGUUUCCACAGGGACACUGACUUUCCAAAACCUGGCCAGGAGCCACUCUCUAACUCUACAACCUCCCAAACAUCAGGCCAAGGUCAGCACUGGAAGGGCCAGGAUAGGUGGUCCCGGGGCCCGCCAGACAGAUUGCAAAAUGACAGAAGAGAGAUGCGGGACGAGCAGAUCUUUCCAUCUGGCUUCACCUCCUCUUUCACGCGAUCGAAAGAGCCCCAGCAGCAGAUGGAUUUUAGCGGGUCUUUCCACCAGCAAUCCAGAAAUGGAGACGGUGGCGGAAACAUGGGUGGAUCGUCUCACAGGAGGGGGCCGAAAGACAACGCACCCACCUCUAAAAUGACUAAUUCUGCAAGCAAUGACUCGGAUGGAAGAGGCAGUCACAAACGCACAGACGGUAAAUUUGAAGAAUUUAACAACAGCAGGAGAAAGGGGAAAGCCGAACGACCAAAUUUGGAAAACUUCGACAGACAAAAGGAUAAUGGCCCGCCAAACUGCAACUCAAGGGGCGGAGGCUCAGGGUUCACCACAGGGGAGCCCUCUUAUAUCCAAAAUGGCGACAUGGAACACAAAAGAACUGGGCCAAUCAAGCCGCCAAACUCAGCCGGACCCCCCAACAGGGACGGGCCCCCCAAGAAAAACACCUCGAAUAACCCGGGAUCUAAAAGACGGUCGGGUCAAGGCAAAGGACCUCGAGGACCAGAGAGAAGUCAUAUGAUGGACCAGAUGUGGAAACCUGGAGACCAGUGUCUGGCACUCUACUGGGAAGACAGCAAGUUUUACCACGCCAGAAUAGAUGCUGUACACCCGUCAGGCUCCACGGCUGUAGUCGUGUUCAGUGAUUAUGGAAACUGCGAAGAAGUCCUGCUGCAUAACAUCAAACCUGUGGCUGCUGACAUCUCGGAGGAAGAUGACGGUUACUACGACAGCUCGCUAGAGUUUCGCCGGGGAGGAGACGGACAGCCCAGACGCACCAGACCCACGCAGCAGUACUACCAACCGCCCAGAGCACGAGAUUAAUAUAUCUGCGUUUACCCCAACAGAUGUGACAGCGCUUGUCCCACAUCUUUAACGACGGAGGAUUUGUCACCUUCUGCGACUAUCCAGAGUGCUUCCUGUAUUUUUUAAGUGUCCACAUUGUCAGGACACAGAACUUCAAAGGGCUUGGACAACACGUGAACAUAAAGAAUCCUGACAUGAGCACCUGUAGAUUUUGUUAAAGACAUAUCUACUGUAUAUGUUGUGAAGAUUUGUUAACUGGAUGCAUUAAAAUAAACAGUAUGUAUAAAUAGUAUGUAGCAGAUUUGUUGUUUUUAUGUGUUUAAUUUUAAACUAGCUGAUGAAUAAACUAAUGCAGAGCAGAAAAAGAAA